ACGGGAGAAGUUGAAGGAAACCACAUUUUGGAUAUUAUUCGCGUUUAUUCCAAGUGUGCACUUACUGAAGGCUAGGGCCGGAGCUGCCAUGCCAUUCGGUUGUCUGACACUUGGGGACAGGAAGGAUUACAAUAAUCCCUCAGAGGUGACCGACAAAUAUGACCUGGGACAGAUUGUUAAAACUGAGGAGUUCUGUGAGAUAUUCCGGGCAAAGGACAGGAAUACCCUCAAAAUGUACACCUGUAAAAAGUUCCUUAAAAAGGAUGGAAGAAAAGUAAGGAAAGCUGCCAAAAAUGAGAUUACGAUCUUGAAGAUGGUUAAACAUCACAACAUACUCCAGCUGGUCGAUACCUUUGAAACUAAGAAAGAAUACUUUCUCUUUGUGGAAAUCGCUACCGGCAGAGAGGUGUUUGACUGGAUCCUGGACCAAGGCUAUUACUCCGAGAGGGACACCAGUAAUGUCGUGAGGCAGGUGUUGGAAGCUGUGGCCUACCUUCACUCUUUGAAAGUAGUCCACAGGAACCUCAAGCUGGAGAAUUUGGUGUACUUCAAUCGUCUGAAGCACUCAAAAAUUGUCAUCAGUGACUUUCAAUUAGCAAAGAUGGAAAAUGGACUCAUUAAAGACCCAUGUGGUACUCCAGAAUAUCUUGCUCCUGAAGUGGUUGGGCGGCAGAGGUAUGGAAGGCCUGUUGACUGCUGGGCCAUUGGCGUCAUUAUCUAUAUACUUUUGUCAGGAAACCCUCCGUUCUAUAACGACGCUGAAGAGGAGGAGUAUGACAACCGCGACAAGAGCCUCUUCCUGAAGAUCCUGUCAGGGGACUAUGAAUUUGAUUCCCCCUACUGGGAUGACAUUUCAGACUCUGCCAAAAAUCUAGUGGCAUCUUUGUUGGAAGUGGAUCAAGACCAGCGAUUAACCGCACAGGAGGCUAUUGGUCAUGAAUGGAUAUCUGGGAACGCAGCCUCUGAUAAGAAUAUCAAGGAUGGAGUAUGUGCACAAAUAGAAAAGAACUUUGCUAAAGCCAAGUGGAAGAAAGCUGUACGGGUGACCACCCUGAUGAAGAGACUCCGAGCCCCAGAGCAGGGGGAAUCCGGAGCCUCCAGCCCCACCCCAGGGGCUGCGGCGGGACCCCUCACCUCAAACAGCGGGCCCGCUCCUCCCACCUCCGCCCCAGGGACCGCCUCCAGCAGCACGGAGCAGGCUUCCGCUAAGGAACAGGUUCCAGACACAGACACUGGCGUCAUCCAGGCACCCGCCGUGACGGCCGCACGUGACGAGGAGGAGGCCGGGGAGAGACGCAACGGGGAGACACCAGCACAAACUCUGGGAGACAAGACGGCUUAACCC